AAUGCCCUAAUUUUCCAUAAUCACCUGGUUAACAAAUACCAGAUUUUUGAUAGCAAAGAGGGAAUAUGUCUAUGUAUAUGAAAUUGCAAAACAAGGAAAGAAAGGAACUCAAUUCAAAUAAAUUUCUUUAAGACACUCAAAAAUAAAAUUAUUCAAUUUUCAAUAAGUACAAAAGAAAUAUAUGCAAAUUAUUGAAAGUGUGUGGUUAAUUAAGAAUUAAAAAACAUGAAAUAUCAUUACUUAUAAAAUGCUCAUGAUAAGGAAUUAACACAAUUUACUUAUUGAAUUCUUUAGGCUUACUUGUGACAAGUAGUAAGAAUAAUUCAGUAGAAUUCUGGUAAUAUAAAUUAUUUCCACAUAUUUUAUUGAAUGCAGAUAUGAUUCCUUACAGAAAAGAAUCCAUCUCUAAUUAAAAGGUUUAAAU